AUGAAUAUUUCUCGUGAAGGAAAAGGUUCAAAUGAAAUCACAUCAUCUUCAAAAGUUCUAGUUAAUGAGGCUAUUCAUGUACAACCAACAUAUGUACGAAUUUCUCAUUAUUUUAUAUGUUCACUUAUUUCAACUAUUUGUUUUUGUCCAGCAACAGGUCUUAUUGCAUUGGCUUAUUCACUAAAAAGUUCGGCUAAAGCUGAUGUAAAUUUUCAUGAUAAAGCUCAACGUUAUUCUCGUUAUGCUUUAACGUGGAAUAUAAUUUCAAUUAUUCUUGGUACUGCUAUGAUAAUCUUCACUAUUUUCUACUAUGAAAAAAUCGAAAUGAAGUCAAAUCAUGUUCAUACCAUGUUUCAACAACCACGAUAUCAGAAUAUUCAUUAA